UUGAAUGGAACAUGGGCUAAACACCCAGCUUCAAUUGUGCUUUACUUUGUUAAGCCUGCGAAGCAAACCGACCCUAAGAAGCAAAGACCUAUUUCCCUUCCCUAUAUCUAUCCACACGCAGAGCGAUAGAGAGAGAACCCAAAACCUCUCUUUGCUUUUUGAAAGGGUGAUCCGAAUAGAGGGAGCGAGGAGAUGGAAAACAAAACAGAGAUAGCUUUCUUCGAUGUUGAAACCACGGUCCCGACCCGACCCGGCCAGGGGUAUGCUAUACUUGAAUUCGGGGCCAUCCUUGUCUGCCCCCAGAAGCUAGAAGAGAUCAGGAGCUACUCGACCUUGGUCCGACCCUCCAACCCGAAGCUCAUAUCUUCCUUGUCCGUACGGUGUAACGGCAUCAUACCAGAAGCUGUGGUUUCAGCACCGUCCUUCGCUGACAUUGCUGACACGGUCUACGACAUCCUCCAUGGGAGGAUAUGGGCGGGCCAUAAUAUAGUCAGAUUUGAUUGUGUGCGAAUAAGAGAGGCGUUUGCGGAGAUUGGAAGGGCAGCACCAGAGCCAAAGGGGACUAUUGACUCGUUAGCAUUAUUGACUCAGAAGUUUGGAAGGAGAGCUGGCAACAUGAAGAUGGCAAGCCUUGCAACUUAUUUUGGGCUUGGAAACCAAACACAUAGGAGUUUAGAUGAUGUAAGAAUGAAUGUUGAGGUUCUUAAGCAUUGUGCUACUGUCCUAUUCCUGGAAUCAAGCCUCCCAGACGCAUUUCCAGAAAACCAUUGGGUUUCCCCUAAUGCUAUCACAAGAAGUCGUAGAAAUGGAAAAUCCCCAGUCCUAAACAAGAAUUCCCCGUCUUCGAGUUCACACGUUAAAAGCACCCCUGCCCUGUCUCCUGAAAAUGAUAGAACUGAGGAAAAGCGUCCAGUCUUUUCUCUUCUCACAAGCAAUACUGCUGAGGCCCAAUAUUCUGUUGCAUCUAAUACAGCUCAUCCUGAUACAUUUGACAUGGUCGCACUUGGCAAUGAAAUGAAUGCUGCCUCCUUUCAACCAGAUGUCGCCAUGGAGGAAAACCCAAUACUACAGCCUCCUGAGAUGCCUUCUACAGUGACUGUCCCUGAAAGUUGCAGUGACGUUUUGGGUUUCUUAGAGCUUGAUGAAGUUUCUCUUUCUUCUAUUAGAGCAUUUCAUGUCCCGUUCUUUCGAGGGAGUCAUAGAAUCAAAUUAUUUUACGAGGGGGCCAUUUUGCAGCUUCGCUGUCCUCGGUUGAGGAUACGGUUUGGACUAAGUACGAAGUUUUCUGAUCAUGCAGGCCGGCCACGGUUGAGUUUUGUGGUUGAUGCAUCUCCAAGUCUAUGUGAUGUUCUUGAUACAUGUGAGAGCAUUGUGCGGAAAGUUUGUGCAGAUUCGGAUUGUAGUUCUGAUUGGAGGAGUGUUGUUACCAGAAAACAGGGCUUUGUCAACAACCCUACCGUGAGAUUGAACAUACCUACUGCAGUAAAUGGGGAUGUUGCUCAAUAUGCAACGGAUAUGUAUCUGAAAGAACCAUCUGGAACCACACAAAAGCUCAUAUUCAGUAAGUUUGAUGCUGCCGAGCUGGAUACCUGGUUCAGACCAGGGACCUUUGUCGAUGCAUACUUGUCCUUGGAUCCAUACGACUAUCAGCAGACUUCUGGCAUCCGAUUAGUGGCAAAUAAAUUAAUCAUCCAUAAUGAGUGAUGCACCAUUUGGUUGAUUAAAACUGUAACAAGCUUCCUAACAUGUAGAAAAGAAAAAAUAUUUUCGUUGCAAGAUUUAGGCCCAUACCUAUAUUUGAAAAGAUUUGAAUGCUGACACUGAUACUCUCUAUAUUUAACCAGAAUUUAUUUAGAA